AUGAAGCCGCUGCUCCAACUGCUCAUCCUCGCCACGCUGACCGUCAUCGCCGGGGCGCAGGCCGAAUUCUUUCAAGAUCUCCUCCAGCCACGCGACUCGACAGGGCGUCGCGUCAAGCGUUACGGCUACGGUGGACCCAGCUAUAUUGGGGAAUUCAUUGGCCUCUGCUGCUCUUGCAUCUUCCUCGCCAUUUGUUGCAUCGGCUUCAUCUACUGCUAUAUAAGGUACGUCAACGAAGGGACGCCGAUCUACGUCAGCUCGCGUAGUGAGGGUCCCUCAUCCCAACCCACUCGCAUCGUCGUCACCCGGAUU